AAACGUCGAAUGGCGCUUGAUUAUCGCCAUCCUCCGUUACCUGCAGCUUGUGCAACCGUUGAUCAUCGAGCUUGUUUUAGUGAUGGUGUUGGAUGCAUUUUACAUCAGAUUUGAAAAUAUCAAUAAAAUUUUCGAGAGGAUUGGAAAAUCUGAUAAAAAUGUACGAGAAAUAUCAGUCACAACCUGUGCGAGCUCUCGCUUCUACAAUCAUCCGUCAUCGCAUAUUGUGAUGGACAAGGUCGACCGAGCAUGCAGAAUUCAUCGAAGGCUAUCAAAAUUAGCUAGAAACAUGGGCCAUGCCUUUUCUAUUUACUUUUUGGCUUUUGUGGCCCAAACGGUUAUUGUAAUCAUACAACUGGGAGCAACUUUCAUAUGGCUAUCACAUUUUGAGAAGAACAGUACUCUUAAGAUAAUUGCAUCUUGCACCACGUUUACCUUCAACAUUUUUCAACUUUGGCAGAACAUUUGGUCAUGUUCGAGUGUCAGUAAGGAGGCGAACAAAAUAGGCUCCCUACUCUUCCUAGUGCCGAUUAACGAUCCUGCGGUACAUCAUCAGUUGCAAGAACUAUCCAUAUACUUUAUGCAAGAAAGUGUGGGAUUCAGUGCCGGUGGAACUUGCUCGAUCGAUCGGAGUUUGGCAAGUGCGGCAUUUUGCUCUAUCGUAAAAUACCUCAUCAUCUUACUCCAAAUGAAGAGUGAUUAAUGCCGUUGGGAACAAAAAUAUUUAAAAAAGGAAAUGGAUUACGAUUUUGCACAUGGGUAUAGUUUG